AUGCCUACUGAAUUUCUUAGCCGGAGGCUUCAGCAUGCGGUACGGACUUCUGGGAGUACUGGUUUGGUGCUACUUGAGCUUAGUACCACAUGCCUUCAAUCUCGCCCCGGCCAAACCCCCAAAAAACAACUUGCAAUAACCCUCGACUACCCACUAGCUGCGGCGUGGCCAAAGGGUACAACAUCUAGAGAUCCGCGGAACUUUCUCUGGAGCAGCCACAUCACGUUCAAUGCACCGGUCAGCCACAUUACCGAUGGGCAGUUGUGGCAGCUCGCAUUCGAUGACUAUUAUUAUAUAGGCGACGAUCUGGAACGGUACAGUCUUGACCCAGAAACCAAAUACCCUCUUUCCUUAAAAGUCUUGGCUUGGGGCAAUGGGACCAUCUUGGCCUCCGGACAGAAGGGGGACAACUCGUUUACGUAUGCAGGACCACGAAGUGAGGUGCGCCUGAGCCUUGAAAGAUGUCAAACCACAUAUCUUAAGCAACGUAAAGAUUCCACAGCCAAGGAGCAUAGACGACGAGGGAAAUGUGCCGAGCAAAUGGCAGCUCAUCUAUACUACCUCUCCCCAACCACUACGACCAACCUGCCAGCUCAAAAUGCCAGAAUCGGCGCAGUGGUGUAUGAUCCGCGCACAGGUGUUGUUUUUAAGGCACGUCCAUGUGGAAAUAACCCAGAGGAUGACUGGGGAUGUAAUUUAUUUGUGAAGGAUCAAAACCUGAGAACACUCAGCACGAAUAUUCCUGCACAGCCUUAUUCCUUGGAUAAUCUUGCUGGGGGGGGUGUCCAGGAAGGAUCAGAUCCAACUGUGUGGGUCAAUCAGAAACUUUUGAAUUCUGUGGAUGACUUUCUCCUGAAAAAUACAGGACUAGGGGGUACAGGUGCCGCCCCUACGUAUAAUACUCUGAUGUAUGUAAAUCGUAGUGAUAAAUUCAAGAGCAGGAUUAGUGCAAACUCCAGAGGAUUUGCUUUGUUGAAAAUCCUGAUUGAACUUGGUUCUACAUGA